AUGGCCGCCGACCUAGCCGAGCAAUUCGCGGCCCUCAUGGGGCAGGAGCAGGAGCGCUUGGAGAAAAUGAAGGCGCUCUCUGAGGAAAUCGCGAAGCAGAGCUCGGAACACCGGGUUCUUGCGAUGGAUCUCGAGAGGGAGCGGCGCGUGGCGCGCAUAACGCAGGAGGAGACGGUGGACGCAAAGCGUCAGUUGGAGGAGUUGAAAGGGUUGAUUAAUCGCAACUCGUUUGUCUUGGUUCUCAUCGACGCGGAUGCGGAUGGGUAUAUCUUCAAAGACAAGUACUACGCGGAUGUUGACGGCGGCCGUAGGGCUGCUCUGGAUCUCCGCACCGCUGUCCAGGAAUAUCUGAAAAAAGAGCAGCCGGAGCUGGCGGGCUUGCCCAUCGUCGUCAAAGCCUUUGCCAACUACGACGGGCUGUCCCAGCUCCUGGUGAAAAUGAAGCUGCUCAAGAACCUGCUGUGGCUGAAUGGCUUUGCGAAAGGUUUCUCGCAAGCGUUCGACACCUGCGACUUUGUUCUUGUGGGGGCGGGCAAGGACCGCGCUGACGAGAAGAUCAAGGGUAAGUCGCAAGCUACCCGCAGUUGGUCUGAUGACGACGUUAAAGCUAACUGGGGAAAAGGUGUCUUCAAGCAGUUCAUCACGAACCCCACCUGCCGUCAUGUGGUCUUCGGGGCCUGCCAUGAUAACGGGUACGUUCGACUGCUGGAAAAGUAUCAGCAGGGUGCUGUUACCGAGAAGGUGACGCUUCUCUACCCCUUCGACGUGGGCAGAGAGUUCGAUGGGCUGGGGUUCCGUUCAACGAGGAUGGAGUCGCUCUUCCGGACCAAACCGUUUGGCAAGCCGCCAGCGCCGACUCAAAGCACAAUGGCCGGGGGCACCAGGGGUGCCCAGAGCCCGGUUGAAGCAAGCUGGGCAGCUCGGCUGCAAAGCGGAACAGAUUCUGCUUCUGAUGAAAUUGACCGCAUGGAGGAGGAAUUACGCCGGAUCGUGAGAAGGGAGGAGGCAGACGGGAUUCCCGUCAAUAAGGCAGGUCAUCGAAUCGACAUCUCACUCCCAGAUCCUAUUUCCGACGAUCUGGAGAUGUGGAACCGCAAGACCCGGAAUGGGAAAAUCAGGUACUGCUACAGGCACCAUCUGCUCCCGGAGGGGUGGGAGAAUUACUUGCCUUUGCGCAUGAAGCGAGGCAGGAGUCCUGUCGUGCCAGAGGCAGGUGUCGAGACCGCGGCUGCUUUUACGGGCAUCAUUGCUCCUGUAAUAUGA